AUGGAGGUCGCUCGUACCUCCCUGACCCAUGCGGCUGCUCCCCACUUUCUGUGGCCGUUUGCAGUCCGGUACGCAGCGCAUCAGCUCAACCUCUGGCCCCGUGUCUCCUUGCCGGAGACUUCCCCGACUCUACGGUGGACGGGAGAGGUUGGCGAUGCGUCGCGUUUCUGGGUCUGGGGAUCUCGAGCUUUUGUCCGCGACACGUCCGCGGACAAGCUCUCGCGUCGCGCUGUUCCCUGUGUCUUUCUUGGCUUUGUUCCCGACGCGCCUGGAUGGCAGUUUUACCACGUCACCUCGCGCCGGGUUCUGGCCUCUCAGGACGUCACUUUUGACGAGUCCGUCCCCUUCUACCGCCUCUUCCCCUACCGCACUGCCCCGCUCCCCCCCCCGCCUCUCUUCCUCGCUCCAGGUGCUGAGGUACCAGACCCCCUCCCCCCUCAGGGUGCCGCUCCCUCAGGUGUGUCCCAGGUAGACCCGAGUGAGCCUGUCGAGGUAGCUGUUGACUCGCGUCCUGCGUCUGGGGGUGCUGAGCCUGGGAGUGCUGCGUCUGAGGGUGCGGAGCCUGGGGGUGCUGAGCCUGGGGGUGCUGAGCCUGGAGGUGCGGAGCCUGGGGGUGCUGAGCCUGGAGGUGCGGAGCCUGGGGGUGCUGAGCCUGGAGGUGCGGAGCCUGGAGGUACUGAGCCUGGAGGUGCGGAGCCUGGGGGUGCUGAGCCUGGAGGUGCGGAGCCUGGUGGUGCUGAGUUUGGACGUGCUGAGUCUGGGGGUGCUGAGUCUGGGGGUACUCCAUCUGGAGGAGCCCUCUCCUCCCAGCAGCUGCAGGAGAGGUACCUCGAGUACUGCCGCCUCCCGAGAGGUGCUUCUGGAGCUCGUCCCGGUACUUCCCCUCCUACCCAGGAGCUCCCCCCCAUUCAGGUGAUCCGCGAGUGGUACACGCGGCGCUGCAGUCUUCGUAGUGGUGCUCCUGGUGCUGCGGACCCGAGCAGUGGUGCUGUUGCUGGUGCUGAGGACCCGGACGCUGGAGCUGCUGCUGGUGCUGAGGACAUGGGGGCUGGAGCUGCUGCUGGUGCUGAGGACCCGACCGGUGGCGCUGCUGCUGGUGCUGAGGACUCGGGCGUUGGAGCUCCUACUGGUGCUGAGGACCCGGGCGUUGGAGCUGCUGCUGGUGCUGAGGACUCGGGCGUUGGGGCUGCCACUGGUGUCCCUGCUGCUUCUGGAGACGCUGCGCGGCCGCGACCGUAUUUCGUACCGCUCCUUCAGCAGGUUCUUGGUCAGGCUCCUCCUCCUAGUCCUCCUCCCUCCGUCGAGUGUCCUCUGCCUGUCCAGCCGCAGUCACAGUUACCGCCUGCCUCGCCUCUCCCUGCUCCCUCCCCUUACGCUGGUCCCACAGGAGGUCUUACAGAGCGUCGUGAGCCUGAGUCUCGUCCUGCGUCGCCUGUUCGUACUGCUCGCACUGGUCGUCGUGUCCCACCGUGUCCCGCUGCCGUCUCCUCCUGCGUCCUCUCUUCCUACUCUUCUGACCCAGAGUCUGACUCCCGUCGUGCUGCCAGUCCCACUGUUACGCGUCUCCUCGCUACUGUUGUCACUGACCCGACCUUUGAGUCCUCUGCUGCAUCUGCUCUGGUCGCUGAGUUGGUUGACUUUGCUGCUCGCUGUCGCCUAGACUACGCUGCCAGCCUUGUCGCUAGGUCUGAGUCUGCGUCUGCCUGUCCUCCGUCCGUCGGGGGUGAGUGUGCCCUCGGCACGGACGUCCUUGAGGACAGACAGGAGGAGUUCCACUGCCUUGCUGCUGCUUUGCCCCGUCUCGUGUCCUUGCUAGUUGCCCCUGAGGGAGACCCGGAUGCACCAGACAUCCCGACCCCACGCUCUUACGCUGAGGCGAUGGCGGGUCCCUACUCCUCUCAGUGGCAGACAGCCAUGGACGCAGAGAUGGCCUCCUGGAAGUCCACAGGCACCUACGUAGACGAGGUUCCCCCUCCUGGGGCGAACAUCGUCAGUGGCAUGUGGAUUUUCAGGGUGAAGCGGCCGCCGGGUUCUCCACCUGUCUUCAAGGCGCGCUACGUGGCUCGAGGCUUCAGUCAGCGAGAGGGAGUAGACUUCUUUCAGACCUUCUCCCCCACCCCGAAGAUGACUACUCUUCGGGUGCUGCUGCACAUAGCCGCUCACCGCGACUACGAGCUUCACUCUCUUGACUUCAGCACUGCUUUCUUGCAGGGCAGCCUGCACGAGGAGAUCUGGCUGCGCCGCCCCCCUGGCUUCACUGGGUCAGUUCCUCCUGGCACCCAGUGGAGGCUUCAGCGGCCGGUCUACGGUCUCCGCCAGGCGCCACGUGAGUGGCACGACACACUGAGGACGACACUUGCGGCUCUUGGGUUCGCUCCCUCUACUGCUGACCCGUCGCUGUUUCUACGCACCGACACCUCGCUGCCGCCGUUCUACAUCCUCGUGUACGUCGACGACUUGGUCUUUGCCACUGCUGACACCGCGGCACUCGCUCACGUGAAGUCGGAGCUGCAGAGGAGACACACGUGCACAGACCUGGGUGAGCUGACGAGCUAUCUUGGCUUGCGGAUCACCCGGGACAGAGCGCGGCGCACCAUCACCCUGACUCAGUCACACAUGGUGCAGCAGGUUCUCCAGCGCUUCCGCUUCACGUACUCCUCGCCUCAGUCCACUCCUCUGCCUACCGGUCACUCGCUCUCAGCUCUGCCUUCGGAUGAGUCCGUAGAGCCGAGUGGCCCGUAUCCAGAGCUUGUGGGCUGCCUCAUGUACCUGAUGACCUGCACUCGACCUGACCUUGCAUACCCUCUUAGCAUCCUAGCACGCUAUGUCGCUCCUGGCCGUCACCGGAAGGAGCACAUGGAUGCUGCUAAGAGGGUGUUGCGCUACUUGUGCAGUACGUCGGGCAUGGGGCUUGUGCUUGGAGGGCGAGACCGGGUUGUUCUCACAGGGCACUCAGACUCUUCUUGGGCAGACGACCAGGCUACUCAGCGGUCGUCCCAGGGUUACACCUUCAGCCUUGGCUCUGGCUCACCAUGGCUGCUCAGGAGCUACGCUGGCUGA